GAACGUGAUAAAAAUGGUGGGAAGAGACAGAAAUAUUCACAGUAUCGACCUUGACAACUGGCAAUAAUCACCACAGUGGCAAGAGAUAGUUUCUGAUCCUAAGUGACACGUCCUUGAAACAAGAUGGCUGCCAUGUCCGAUGUGAUGACCACAGCUGAUGCCAGCGUUAUCCUACAGAUCAAAGAUAAAUUGCCAAAGGGAUUUCUUAUCAACCUUGUUGGCAAAAUAACAGCAGUCAGUGAAAUCUUCAGAGUGAAGAAGGAUUUGAUAUUCUUGAUUGAAUUAGACAGCAUCAUCAAGAUAGUCGUAAAGCAAAAGCAAAAUCUUGUCUGGCAGGAGCAGAUAACUCCAGAAGUGGAAUAUGUCAUUACCAACUUGAGAGCCACAACACUGCAGAAGGGUUCGACGUCCCAGGUGAGGGUGUUUGUUCCCUGGAGUGGAAGCUGCCUGUAUGAAGCUGAAGCUGUGGAGUACUCCCCAGUCACCCUCCAGGACUGGCUUCACAGCAGGAGCAUCAUAGUGCCAGAACCAAUUCCAACUGAGAGCAGUGCCUCUACAACAAGGGACAACUUUGUGGCGUAUCAGGGGGUUGUGACCAGCUGUGACCGGUCUAGUGUGGGGAUAUUUGAACUGGACCAUCGAGUCGGUCUCUAUGUGACCUGCGUGCCAGCCAGUCAUCACUUCACAGCCCUCACCCUCGGGACAAAGAUCAUUGUCUACAAUGCUCACAGGAAAGGCUUUGCAACGGCUCCCAAGAUCCGUCUGUUCUGUUGUAUGGCCAGUUGCAUCCGGGUUGUGGACACAGGACAGGAACAAUCCUCCAACAAGCAGUUCUCCGCCCACAGUCUGCUACUGAAACCCAUCUCUGUCUACAGUCUAGCAGCACCUGAUGUGUCAGCACUUCUGGACAUGCCGUCUGUCCUUAACCAGAAGCUUCAGAACCAGCAAUGUGACCUGCCAUUGUCUGGCACCAUCCCUCUCAUCCCUGUCAUCUUGAACAGCAGCUGUUGCCCAUGGCUACAGGAGGAACCCAGAAAUCUGCUGCAAGAGUUCCUGGAAUCUCCACAUGCCUGCUGCGUUGGUAGAGGGCAGUCAAAACCGAGAAUCCCUGACCUUGUCAGUAUCAGCAGAGAAACUGAUGAUCUUUCUGAGAAGUCACGUGACCUGACCGACCUUCGACAGAAGUACUACGGAUCCCAACUAUCUGUGUCUGAUCUGAACCAGCAACUCUACUGGAACCCUGUGUCCGAGACUGUGGAGAAGAGUCAGGGCAAGCUUCUGAUUGGAUACCUCCAGUCCAGUCAUGUGACAGGAAGACUCCAGCUACAGGAUGCUACAGGAUCAGUUGACCUUGCCGUCUGCUCCUCCAAUCCACCAAGCGGCCAUGUUUGUUGUCCAGCCUGUGUCAGCCCUAAGCUGGGGCAUGCUUUAACAUGUCCCUUGGUACAGCCCAACCUGCUUGGCAGCAUCAUUUGUGUCACCAGGUACAAGCGGAUUGCUGAGCGGUUCCUCAAUAUUGAUGUUCCCAACUCCUACCACAUUGACACCAAAUAUGUGACCAGAUCCAGACAUGUUCUGUACCUCCAGAUCUCCCUUACAGACUGUGUGCUGAUAGACCUUCCAUCCAGGUUGUCAGGUGAAGGCUCCGUUUAUCAACUGGCACAGGAGAAAGAAUUCCUUGAAAGGAAAGACAGGACUUCAUCAGCUCCUCCACCAAAGAGGAAGAGACAGAAUGAAUAUGACAUUAAGGAUGAAUCACAUACUGAAGAAUCAUCUGAGUCUCAGUUGGUCUACAUCUCCCACAAGGAGUCUCUGACUACUCUCAGCAGGAAGGAGUCCCCAAAGCUUAGGUUCUGUGUUCUUGGAUAUUUGAUAGGACAAGCAAACUCAUCUAGAAAUGAUGACAUAGGCAGAAUCAGAAAUAUGCAGAGUGGUAAUCUCACAAGUUGUAAAAAAACCACCAGAGCAGUGCAUAUAUCAAGCUAAAAGAGAACCAGGGCUUUGAAAAUGUAAAUACAUCAUCGUUGAAUCUUCAUCCUUGUAAGAUAGAUUUGAACACAUCAAAGCCUGAAGCUCUGUCAAGAAAAAGUGCUGACAGUGGAUCCUCUCCCAGAAAUAGUUCCAUAGAGAGAACUGUUCAUCAACAACCUGUUCAUAAAGAAUUUUGCUCAGAAGGAAGCAGUGGAGGAGGAAGUUGUACAGGAGCAGCUGUAGGUGGUUGUCCAGGAAGUGGGGCUGCUCAGCCUGCUGUGCUGCUGUUUCAGGGCAAUGUGGGGUGGUACAGUGUGCUCCAGACAGGUGCCCUCUACACUCUGACAGCACCGGGGCAGGGAGGCAGGUUCCAGCCCCAGCCCCUGGAAACCAGGAUGAGGAAGGCUAUUGAGUCAUCUCACUCACGUGUGUGUGUGCAGGUUCCCCAUAAUGUCAGGGUCACACGUGUGUUCAGCCCAGAAUGUAUUGACCCAAACAUUUUUGAUGUGGUGAAGUUUACAGAUCUCUCAGAGGUUUUAUCAGGCAGUUUUUGUGGAACCCAGGUAAACCUAUGGGGUAGAAUUAUCUCCCACUCCCAUCGGUCUCAGACAUGCUCCCAAGCAGGUUCACGCCGACAGUCAAAGCCCAGUGACUCUCUACAGCAAGUCAACCAGCAGCUAGGCGUAUCUGUGCUUGAUGGCCAGUGUGUAUACCUGCAAGUGCGGAGUCUCACGUCGGAUGCAGAGAUACCCGUUUACAUGAACCUCCCGACAUCUUCCUAUCCCCUGGGACUCCUGCCUGGUGCUGGUGUAGAGUUCCGGCGAGGAAGGUGUCCUGGAGAGGAAGGUGUCUCGCAUCGAGAAUGUGUACUGCCAGUUCACAGCUAUAUCUACUGUAACACUUUUCCAGGUGUCAGACUCACACAGGUAGGUAGUUCCGGGACAAGAGAGGAAGAUGUCUCGCAUCGAGAAUGUCUACUGUCAGUUCACAGCUAUAUCUACUGUAACACUUUUUCCAGGUGUCAG